CUUUGUGAGACCUCAGCGAGACGGACAUUUUAUGGUGGCGGACCAACAUGGCCACACUCAAGAGAGGGACAGCCUACUUCAGUUAUCUCAGGAGUUCUGCUCGUGUCCUGUUCAGCUGCAAAAAACCUGCAGUGCAUAGACUGGGGAAAUGGACAAAUGUUCUGUACACAAGUAUAGCUUCUUUAACUGCUGGCAGUGCGCUGUGUGCUGUACCUUUCAAACAGGUUGAUACCCUCUCUCAUGACUCUCUGAUCAGACGAGCAGCCUCUCUGGUGACAGACAGUUCCAGCACUUUCCUCUCACAGACCACCCUGGCUCUCAUAGAUGCCAUCACAGAGUACUCAAAAGCUGUGCACACACUCAUUGCACUCCAAAGACGAUAUCUGACCUCACUGGGAAAACUGAGUCCAGCUGAAGAGGAUUCGAUUUGGCAGGUGAUCCUUGGCCAGCGUGCAGAGGUUAAUGACAGACAUGAUGAAUGCAAGCGCUUCGAGUCAACCUGGGUCAGCGCAGUUAAGAUGUGUGAGACGGCAGCUGAGGCAGCGUACACAUCAGGAGCUGAGCAUGCGUCCAUCACGGUGAGGACAAACGUUCAGGUGGCCCUGUCGCAGGUGGAGGAGGCACAGAAACUGUCAGCGGAUGCAGAUAAGAAGCUGGCCGAGACCAAAGUAAUGGAGAUUGAAAGGGUGGCGAAAUAUGCUGCAGCCCAGAAUAAUCAUGAUGAGGAAGAGGUGCCCGAGGCUUAUCUGAGAGAAGACUGAAACAAACAGGUAUCAGAAAACAGAAGAAAGCAUAAAAAAGAUUGAUACACUUUCAAAGUAAAUAAUUGUUUUAAUCACCCCUACAGUGUCUUUCAUGUUGAGCCUUUAUUUGACUAUGUGAUUUGCCAUGUCACAUUUGUAGUAGAUUGUCCACAAAUGUAUGUGCUCAUAAACUGAAACAGUGUAUCACACAAAAUGAGGACAAACGUUUCCAUAUAAGGGUUUGGUCACUUAUAGGAGCUAUUUGUAAGUUAUUUGCUACAUAGCCAACGUUAGCAUUAACAGCUAUGUACUUAGUCUAGAAGAAAUUCAGCAUCAAACUUGCCUCUGUCUUGUCAAACUGUCUCCAGCGAUGGAAAGCAACAUCAUUGUUAACUCUUGUCUCUAUCACAUCUUUUCGUCAACUGAUGUUAGCACGCUAACCAGCUAGCCUCGGCCUGUCUGGUCACUUUCUGAUAGUGACUCACUGUAGCCUCCAAUCUGCCCUGCUUAGAGGGCAUAUUGUAACCUCUUGUAUUGUAAAGACAACAAUGGCCAAAGCUCUUAUCAAGUGACAAUCACCACCACCCACUCCCAGCAAGAAACCAUGUUUGGCGGCAGAGAAAACUUACAAAUAGCACCUUUAAGACUAUUUAUUUGAUUAAUGACUAUCAACUGCUCCUGCAAAAUAGAGGAUUAUGUUUUCUCUCUACUGUUUAUUGUGUUGUGAUUUGAGAUCAGAUUUUUGUGUUAUAUUUUGUCCGAAUUCAUUAUAAUAAAGAUAAGAUGGUAUAAAAGUAUAAAA